AUGGCGCCAUGGAGCGCGCACCGCUGCCGCCUUGGAGGGGGCUCUGGAUCCUCUGCCUGCUGCCGGCGCUGGCGGGGGCCCAGCAGAGACCUAGCCCAACUCGCCCCACCUUGGGCAGGUCAGCUGCUGGCGGGCGGCGAGGCGGCCUACGAGGAGCGGACGGUGGCCGGGGUGCGGGGCCGGGCGGUGGAGCUGAGCUGCGGGGGUUCCUCGCCGCCGGCCGUGGUCUUCUGGAGCUUCGUGGCGACGGCGGCGGGGGGCUCGGGGCCGCCGCGGGCCGUGGCCGUGGGCUCGGGGCAGGAGGUGGCCGUGGCCCCCGGCGCGGGGACCUUGGGCCGGGUGGCCCUGCGCAACGGGACGCUGGAGCUGCGGGAGCUGCGGGCGGCCGCCCAGGGCCGCUUCCUCUGCCAGGGGCUCUUCCCCGAGCGUGGGCGGCUCCGCGUGGGCUACGCCGCCGUCCUCCUGCGGGUCCUGGUGCCCGUCUCCAAGCCCUUCGUGCGGGCGCCGGGGGCGGCGGCGGCGGAGGGGACGGCGGUGGCCCUGACGUGCACCGUGCGGGAGGGGACGGAGCCGCGGAGCUUCUUCUGGCAGCACCGGCAGGCGCGGGGGGGGUCCGCGGCGUCCCCCGGGGGGCUGGGGGGGGCCGGGGCCGAGCUGCGCCUGGCGCCCGCCAACCGCAGCCACGCCGGCUGGUACGCCUGCACGGCGCGCAACGAGGUCAACAACCGCACCAGCGAGCCCGUCUACCUGGACAUCGUCUACGGCCCCGACGAGCCGGCCAUCAGCGUGGAGCCCUUCUCCCCCGAAGAAGGGGGCUUCUCGGCGGGCGAAAAGGAGGACGUGGUGCUGAGCUGCCUGGCCCCUUCCAACCCCCCCAGCCGCUACGUCUGGCUCCACAACGGCUCCCAGGUCCACACCGGGCAGACCUACGUCCUGGCCGCCAUCGCCCGCGCCCAGGCAGGCACCUACACCUGCCUGGCCGAGAACACCCACCUCCAAACCCGCACCCAGGCCACCAUCAUCCUCACCGUCUACUAUCCCCCAGUUGGGAGCCCCAGCUGCUCUGCCCUGGCCACCAGUGACCUGCGGGACGUGGCCCUGCAGUGCCACUGGCCGGGGGGCUUCCCCCCAGCACGGCUGCGCUGGGUGGGCCCCCAGGAGGAGGAGGAGGAGGAGGAGGAGGAGGAGGGGGUGACGGGGACCAGUUUUUCCAUGGCCACCAGCAUCCAGCCAGGGGCGGCCACCAGGAACGGCAGCUCCUUCUCCUGCCUGGCCUCCCACCCCGCACUGCCGCGGGGGGCUGUGUGUGGGACCACCCUGUGGGUCCCGGCCGGCAGCCCCUCCUGCGCGGCGGUGGCCACCAAAGGGGACGAGUACGUGAUGCUGCGAUGCCGGUGGGAGGGGGGGACGCCGCCGGUCACCCUGCGCUGGCGGGACGGUGGGGGCCGGGCCUUGGGGGACCCCCUGCCCUCGGCCACCGUCCUGGUGCUGAGCGCCAACGCCACUUUGGGGGGCCGGGAUUUCAUCUGCGCCGCCACCCACCCGCUGCGGGCCGCCGGCGCCGAGUGCCGCCUGCGGCUGGGUAAGCCACCCCUUCCCCCCCCCUUCUCGUUGUGCCGCAGCGGGGUGACACAUCCCCCCCCCCCCCUCACCCCGGCCUCCGCGUCCCCUCCCCGCGCAGAGGUCCCCGAGCUGGAGGUGGAGAGAAGCGAGGUGGCGGUGCUGGAAGGCGGCGAGGCGCGGUUGGCGUGCCGGCGGCGGGGCCGUGGCGCCCAGCUGGGUGCCACCGUGGUUUGGUACGACCCCGAGGAGCGGGAGGUGACGCCGGGGUUGGCCAAGUACCGGGUGGAGAGGGGAGAAGAGUGGGUGAACCUCACCAUCCGCGACGCCGCGUGGCCGGGGGAUGGCGGGAUCUACCGCUGCGCUGCCGGCAACGCCGUGGGCACCGCCAGCCUCGCCGUCCGCCUCCGCGUGGACCGGUACCCGGCCCCGCCCAACGUCACCAUCAGCAAGCUGCGGUACACGCGGGCGCGCACCGAGGUGCGGCUGGAGUGGCGGACGCACGGCACCGGCAACCUCACCGGCUUCGUGGUGCAACGGCGCCAAGCCAAGAAACCCUCCCGGCGGGCGCCCGGCCCCUGGGAAACGGCCGCCGGCGACAUCGAGCCCCACUCGCGUGACCGGCGCCUGGGGGGGCUGGACCCGGCCGUGGUCUACGCUUUCCGCGUCCUGGCCGUCAACCACCGGACGGCCGGGCACCCCUCCGAGGUGCAGACGCCAGCCGAGCCUCCCUUUGAGGCCUACCCAGCGGUGACGGGGGCAGCGGUGGUGGGGAUGCUGGUGGCCACCGUGGCAUCGCUGCUGGCCAUGCGCUGCGUCGCCCGCCACCGGGACACCCUCCCACGGCUGCAUGACCUGCUCUUCCGCCUGGCUGGUCCCGGCGCCCAGGAGCCCAUCGGCACACCGGAGGAUGCCGAAACAGCCACCAGCAGGGAGGACGAAGCAGCACCCGGAGACCCAACGGCAGGUAACAGCACCCGGGGAGCAAGCCCAGGGCUGAGCCCCCCCACCCCAGCAUCACCCAGGGCUCUCCCCCCCCCCCCCCCCCCCCUCACAGAGCCUCACUCAGCACUGCCGGACACCACUGAUGACCCACCGGUCACCGUCACCGCGCCAGCACCACCAUGACCACAACAGCUUUUCCUCUUUCUUUCCCUCUCCCCGCUUUGUUUCACGCCCCGGGGACAGCAGCGCCCGCCUGCGCCGCGUCCCCCUUCUCCCCCCAUGCUAAUAAAGCUGGGGAGGGGGGACGCGGCUACUCAAAACUCAGCGGCUGGAAAAAUACCUUGUGAUCUAGACCUCACACAAAAAUUUGGGGCUGGUAGCAAAAGGGGUUUUGCUUCUUUAUGAUAUUUUAAAAAGGCAGUAGGGGAGACGUAUGAUUUUUCCCCGGGGUGGAGCUGGCAUGGGGAAGGGAAAGCUUUCCUAAUGCCUCAAAAGUAUGGAAGACUGGUGAAACUGUGAUAUAGCCCAGGUGAUAAGAAAGCAGGAAGGCUUUGCAGAAAAACCUCAUGCCAGGUUUUACCCCUGGCUCUAAAAAGCAGCACAAGCCCAGCCUGGGGGUAAGUUGGGUGACUCCCGGCACAAAUGGCUCCAGCUCAGCCUCAAGCUUUCAGGUAUUUCUGGAGCUAAAAUAAAUGUUUAGGCUGUAAUAUUUUCUCACCACUGGGAAAAAAGUUCCCCUUGAGUGAAAAAGGGGAAACGUAACCCCCAUUCUUAAAAAAGGGAGACCCAGGGAACUACAGGCCAGUCGGUCUCAUCUGUGUCCAGCAAGAUCAUGGAAUGGAUCCUCUAGGAAUCUGUGCUGGAGCACACGGAAAAUAAGGAGGUGGCUGGUGAGAGCCAACAUGGCUUCACUAAGUGGAAAUGGUGUCUGAGGAAUUUGGUGCCCCUCUACGAUGGGGUCACAGCGCUGGCCCGCAGGGGGAAAGUAAGUGCCAUCGUCUACCUGGGCUUGUGGCAAGCACCUGCCGCUGUCCUGCACGACGUCCCCGUCUCUAAACGGGAGAGACGCGGGUCUGAGGGAUGGAGCACCCUGCCGAUCAGCGGCUGGACGGGCGCACGCAAGGAGCUGCCGCCAACAGUUCCGUGUCCGGGUGGAGAGCGGGGACGGGCGGCGUUCCUCAGGGGUGGGGACCGGGCCCGGAGCUGUUCCACAGCUUUGACAGUGACGGGGACAGCGGGAUCGAGGCACCCUCAGCAAGCUCCCCAGCGGCACCGAGCUGGGCGGUGGGGGACACGCUGGGGGGGGCAGGGGGGGCAUCC